GUUUUUCUGGCAAUUAAUAAUGAUUUGCUAUCAUAAACAAAAUUAAAGGUGCAAUGAAAUACCUAUAAAACAAAUAAUUUCCUAAGGUUGCGAAAGCAUUUUGUUGCAGAACUUUACAGACAACGGAACUAAGUGAAACUAUGGACUUCUAUUACAUGCCCCCCUCUGCACCCUGCCGUGCUGUCGAAAUGACCGCCAAGGCUGUUGGUGUUGAACUUAACAAGAAAGUCUUAAAUUUGCCAGCCGGUGAGCAUUUAAAACCCGAAUUCUUGAAAAUCAAUCCCCAACACACCAUUCCCACUUUGGUCGAUGGUGAUUUCACUUUGUGGGAGUCUCGUGCCGUUAUGGUUUACUUGUGUGAGAAAUACGACAAAACCCAGAAAUGGUAUCCUGAAUGCCCGAAGCUCCGCGCUAUGGUUAACCAGCGCUUGUAUUUCGAUAUGGGCACUUUUUACAAGAGCUUUGCCGACUACUACUAUCCACAAAUCAUGAAGAAAGCCCCAGCCGAUCCUGAAAUGUUCAAAAAGGUCGAGGCUGCCUUUGAGUUUUUCAACACAUUCUUAGAUGGCAAGAAAUUUGCUGCCGGCAACAAUGUUACCGUGGCCGAUAUUGCCCUCUUGGCUUCAGUUACCAAUUUCGAGGCUGUUAAAUUUGAUAUCAGCAAAUAUGCCAAUGUUGCCAAGUGGUAUGAGGAAUGCAAGAAAGUUGUACCUGGUUAUGCUGAGAAUUUGGAGGCUUGCUUGAGUUACAAGAGAAUUGUUAAAGAAAAUUAAUAGUUGUACGUUUUGUAGUUUAUUUUUUAAUAGUUAAAUAUUUGUAAAUAAAAG